AUGGGGAAUAGUCGGACCAGUAGCGGGACUUUGGUGCUUCUGAUUUUGGUUCUUGAAAUUCAUGGAUGCUGGUCGAUCAAUUCCGAAGGAUUGGCUUUGUUACAAUUUCAAGCAAAUGUGGCCUUUGACCCGUAUGGAGCAUUAGCUGAUUGGGUUCCUGACGAUUGUGAUCCGUGCUUGUGGUCGGGCGUUGAAUGUCUCGAUAGUAAAGUGGUUAUGUUGAAUCUAACUGGACGUGGUUUGGAGGGAGCAUUGGCACCGGAUCUUGCGAAUCUCUCUCAUUUACGAGUUCUUGACCUAUCCAAGAAUUGUCUUUCGGGCACGAUUCCUCCACAGUUUGGGCAGCUAACGAAACUCGAAGUGUUGGACUUGAGGGAUAACGACUUGAGUGGAAGAAUUCCGGCAGAUUUAGGAGAAUUGAAAUCCCUAAGUCACUUGUUGCUCUGUAAUAAUAGAUUUGAGGGACGCAUUCCUGUGGAGAUUGAGAAGCUCGGUUUGCUGAAGGAGACUCAGUUUGAUGAUAUCCUCACGACUGCUGCUGGAAAUGGUUGCGUCAAUAGAAAAUUCGGGCACUGCACGUGGCAGGGGACUCUAGAACAUUCUGAAAAUUUGGGUUCCUUUCGGGUGCCAAAUAGAUGGAGCAUAAUCCAUUACCUAAGGAAGUUCACACAGUUGAGGUUUGGACAUGGAUUAUCAGACAAUCACGCCGAUUCAUUUGUGCCACCCAACGUGAAAAAUAACGUUCGACGUGUUCUAGCUGAACAGUCGAGUAAUCUUAUUGCUUUGCCUCCCGAUUUCGAGGCCCCACCCCCAUCGGAAAGUGGGGUCUCUCUCCCGAGCAGAAGCAGCGGCUCGUUUCCAGCUGUACCAAACGCGGAGAAAUUAUCUCCCGCUCCUCUCCUCACCCCACCUUCCGGCACGGAGAACACAACGCCUCAUGCUAUCAGCCAAACAAACGAUGGCAAGGGGCCAUCUGGGAAUUCGGGGCACUCGACGAAGGUCAUAAUAGGAAUAUCGUGCGCUGUUCUCUUCUUGCUUGUUUUCCCGUUAGUUUUGUUUGCUGUCUUCAGAAGCAGAGCAGCUAGGACGAUUAGACCUUGGAAGUCGGGAUUGAGUGGGCAGUUGCAAAAGGCCUUUAUUACGGGGGUUCCGAAGUUAAACAGGGCCGAGCUAGAAACUGCAUGUGAGGAUUUCAGUAAUAUUAUAAGGGUCUAUGAUGGUGUGUCUACUCUUUACAAGGGCACUCUAUCCAGUGGAGUUGAGAUUGCUGUUGUCUCGACUGCUGUAGGCUCCAUAAACGAAUGGUCUAAACGUGCGGAAUUAGCUUUCAGGAAGAAGAUUGAUUGUUUGUCCCGUGUGAAUCACAAGAACUUUGUAAACCUUAUCGGUUAUUGUGAGGAAGAUGAGCCUUUCACUAGGAUGAUGGUUUUUGAGUAUGCUCCCAACGGCACUCUCUUCGAGCACCUGCAUGAAGACUUAGAGCACCUCGACUGGAACGCUAGGACGAGGAUCAUGAUGGGGGCUGCCUAUUGCCUUCAGUACAUGCACGAGCUCAAUCCACCAGUGGCCCACAUCAACUUGACUUCCAAAGAAAUUUACUUAACGGAUGACUAUGCUGCUAAAAUUGCUGAUGUUGGUUUCUGGCUGGAACUCAUGGUCAAAUCCAAGAAUAAGGGAGAAAGCGAGUCGGACCAUUCGGAACUACCUCCACUUGCUGACGUGGAAACAAAUAUCCACAGUUUCGGGAUGCUUUUGCUGGAAAUAAUUUCGGGGAUGCUCCCUCACUCGGCCGAGAAAAGCAAUCUCGCAGACUGGACUGCUCAGUACUUGUACGACAAGACCAUCAGCAAGAUGGUGGACCCCACCUUAAAGUCGUUCAAUGAAAAGGAGCUCGAGGUCGUGUGUGAGGUAAUCAAAUGUUGCAUCCACCAAGAACCGAGAAAAAGACCUUCAAUGAAAGAAAUCAUACAGAAAUUGAGGGAAGUCAUUGAUGUCUCGCCCGAGGCAGCAACUCCGAGGCUCUCCCCUCUUUGGUGGGCCGAGCUCGAAAUUUUAUCUGCAGAGGCGGCUUGA